AUGCCUCCCCUCAACAUCGCCUUCAACCCAGCCAAAGACAUUCCCUCGCUCCUAGGCAAGACCAUCCUCAUCACCGGCGCCAAUACCGGCCUGGGCAAGGCCAGCGCCCUCGAACUCGCGAGGCACAACCCCUCUCAUCUCUGGAUGGCUGCGCGCCACCCAACAAAAGGCCGCGCAGCCGCCGCCGACGUCCAGAGACACGCGCCCGCCGGCACAGCCGUCUCCUUCCUGGAGCUCGACCUCUCGUCCUUGGCCUCGGUGCGGGCCGCGGCGCGAGCGUUUUUGUCUUCGGCCGCCCGCCUCGACAUCCUGCUGCUCAACGCUGGCAUCAUGGGCUGCCCGCCGGCCGUGUCCGAGGACGGCUACGAGGUACAGUUCGCGACGAACCACCUCGGCCACGCACUGCUGCUGCGUCUCCUCACCCCGCUGCUCCUCACCACCACCACCACCACCACCACCACCGCUGAUGCCGGUGCUGCUGGUGCUGCUGCCACAAGCGAUGUGCGCGUCGUCAGCCUCGCGUCAGUGGGGUACAAGUACGUGACGGCCGGCACGAUCCAGUUCGACACCCUCGCAGACCGUGAUCAGAUCAUGGACCCGAGCGUCGUGAGCCCCGUCCAGCGGUACACGCAGUCCAAGCUGGCCAAUGUGCUCUACGCGCAGGAGGUGGCGAGACGGUUCCCGCAGUUCACGACGGUGUCGGUCGACCCGGGCGCCGUCGCCACGGAGCUGUUCUCGCGGGAGCCUGGGGAUGCGCAGAUGGAGACGCUGCAGACCACUGUCGCGCCGCAGCGUGGGAGGCCCGUGGAGGAAGGGGUGCUGAACCCGCUGUGGGCGGCGACGACGGUGCAAGGCGUCGAGAGUGGCAGGUUCUACGAGCCCGUUGGGAAGGGCGGGCUUGAGGAAGGGCUGGCGCUGGACAGGGACUUGGCCGAUAGGCUUUGGCAGUGGACGGAGAAGGCACUGGAGGGACAGGAAUGCUGA